UCUGGAAUGCAAAAGCAUAUGAACCCUAACCUUUUUACCUUGAACUCGGAUUGAAGGAGAGAGUGAAAGAAUGGAAGCGGAAAGCUUGAAUUGAGUUAUUCUCACCAAAUCGCAUGGCGUCAGUUUGGACAGUGCAGUUUCGAUCGCUUUCUGUUCGUGGUUGGCCCUCAAUUAGUUGUAGCAGUGGCAGCAGCACUAGAAUUCGCAUUCGUAUCACAAAUGAGAUCUCCAAUUGGCGCUAUCGCACCCAACAACUCAAACAACAUUCCAUCAAUUCCAUCACCAAUUUUCAUCAUCAACUCGCUACUUCCAUUCCCACGCCCCCCUUCCUGCUGAAUCGAAAUGGGGGAAGCAAUUUUCCGAUUUGGGUGUGCGUUGCGGUUGUGGUAUUGGCUGUGGUGAUGAGGCUGAGGGUCCUGUCCAGAAAAAAGGACCGCCCUGGUUCUGUUGCUGAUCUUGUUAGACGUGGCCAACUGAGAUCUGAUAGAAGAGGCAUAUCAAGGCCUCUCAAGUAUGAAGACCCAUUCAAUAAUCCCUUUGUCAAGGUUGGCAAAAGCAAUUCUACUGUUGAGAUGUGUGGUAAGGUUUACCGUUUAGCCCCUGUUACUCUUACCCAAGAGCAACAAGCCACUCACCAAAAGAGGAGGUCACGUGCAUAUCAGUGGAAGCGACCCACCAUAUUCCUUAGAGAAGGAGACUUGGUUCCUCCCGAUGUUGAUCCUGAUACGGUCAGGUGGAUUCCUGCAAACCAUCCCUUUGCAACAACUGCUACUGACCUUGACGAGGACUUGGCACAAAACAAUGUGUAUCAAAAGAAUGGAGUUCCUUUCCGUAUUCAAGCUGAGCAUGAGGCCCUGCAAAGAAAGCUUGAAACCCUACAAAAUGAGCAGAAACUAAAUAAACUAGUGAUAGAUCCUACCAAUGCUAAAGAAUUUGAACGGCCAUUUGACUCCCACGCCAAAUUAAAUGACCAAGCAGAGAAGAGCUCUGUAAACAAUCAGGAGCCGAAGCUCAAUAAACUAGUAAUAGAUCCUACCAAUGCUAAAGAACUUGAAAGAUCACUCAACUCCCACGCCAGAUUAAACGAUAAUGCAAAGAGCUCCGCAAACAGUCAGGCGAGUGAUUCUCACUCCUCUAAAUUAAAUAGUGGCCCAAAUCUCUUUGAAAGUGCUUCAUCAUCCGAAGAAGACCCAAAUCUUUAGGUUGUUUUCACUUUGCACACAGCUUUUACCCGUAUUGAUCCAGGUUAAAAUUGCUGAGUCGGGCUAUAAAUCUCUAAGAACAAUAAAAAUAUAGAUUUGAAUUUGCCCAAAAUUUUUGUACUAUUCAUUGACUAGCCUUAGAACUGUCACUGUAUAGGUGAGAACUGUAAAUAUAAUUUCAUUGCUGCAUAUUUUCAAGUUAUGCUGUUACUCAGAUUUCACCGUUAAUGCUGAGUCCUUAUGCGGCGCGUUUUG